AUGGAUCAAAUAAAUCCAUUGCUGAGGCAAUCUAUCGUCGAGACCUUCGACCAUACCCUAGAGAUUCGCCGGAAUGCUGAAAGACAGCUCAAGCAAGCGGAGCAAGCUCCCGGCUUCAUUGGAGCCUUAUUACACAUUGUCGAUACCGACCACGAUGAGAACAUUCGUCUAUCCGCCGUCCUGUACCUCAAAAACAAGGUUCUACGAUCUUGGGAGCCUUCGGCGGCAGACGUAAAACCCUCGCCGAUCCCAGAAGACGAGAAACCUGCAUUCAGAGAGCGAUUAAUUCCGACUCUAACUCGAUCCAACCCUAAAAUUCGACAUCAAAUGCUACCUUUGAUGGGUAAAAUUCUGCAUUAUGAUUUCCCAGAACGAUGGCCCUCAUAUAUGCACAGUACGAUAUCCCUACUACAAGCAAACGAUGCCUCAUCCGUGUUUUCGGGACUACAGUGCCUUUUGGCUAUCUGCAGGGUCUACAGGCUGAAGAGUGCCACGGAAAAGCGGGAGGAACUCGAAGGCGUUAUCAAAGCCACUUUCCCUUUGAUUCUUGAUAUCGGCAGCAAACUGGCAAAUCAAAACGAUGCGGAUUCGGGUGAAAUGCUAAGGCUCAUAUUCAAAAGCUACAAGCAUGCUAUUUAUUACGAGCUCCUCGCAACGUUGCGAGAACAUGGAUCAAUCGUCCGCUGGGCUACUCUAUUCAUCAAUAUUGUCAACAAGGUCCCUCCUCCUGAAUCUCUACCUGAGGAUAUCGACGAGCGAGAAAUGCAUUCUUGGUGGAAGGCUAAGAAGUGGGCUUAUUCUAAUCUGAAUAGGCUGUUUGUUCGAUACGGGAACCCACAAAGCCUGUCGAAGUCCACAACGGCCGAGUACGAACAGUUUGCUCACAAUUUCAUUGAAAACUUUGUGCCAGAAAUCGUCAAGGCAUACCUUGGCCAAAUCGACCUUUGGGCCCAGAAACAAACAUGGCUCAGCCGAAACUGUCUUUCAUUUACUUUGAGCUUUCUUGAAGAAUGUAUCAAGCCAAAGAACACAUGGCAGUUGCUCAAACCGCAUGUUGACAUUCUCGUCUCGCAUGUAUUGUUUCCCCUUCUCUGUCAAAGCUCGGACGAUCUGGAAAUGUUUGAAUCCGAACCUGUUGAAUACAUCCACAGGAAAUUGAACUUUUACGAAGAUAUAUCCGCCCCGGAUGUUGCAGCUACCAAUUUCCUAGUAACUCUCACCAAGAGCAGGAAAACUACAGUAUUCAAUGUUCUCAACUAUAUUAAUCAAAUUGUCAACAGAUACGAGCAAUGCCCGGAAGCCGAAAAGAAUCCGCUAGAAAAAGAAGGAGCGCUUCGAAUGAUUGGGUCGCUGUCAUCUAUUCUUCUUGGGAAAAAGAGUCCUAUUGCGGAUAAAAUCGAAUACUUCUUCGUCCGGCACGUUUUCCCAGAAUUUCAAAGCAGAUUCCCCUUUUUGAGAGCUCGAGCAUGUGAUGUUGUCGACAAAUUUAGCGAUCUUGAUUUCCAAGACCAAAACAAUAUCGUCCUGAUUUAUGAAAGCAUUAUCACAUGCCUCAACGACGAAAGACUUCCUGUGCGCGUGGAAGCAGCGUUGGCUCUUUCGCCCCUCAUCAGGCAUGAGUACAUCAAAACUCAGAUGCAGGGCACGAUUGUGCAGAUCAUGCAACAGCUAUUGAAGCUUACAAACGAAGUUGACCUCGAUUCGCUUGCAAAUGUUAUGGAAGAGCUCGUCGAAAGUUUUGCAACACAGUUGACACCAUUCGCAGUCGACUUGACGAAGUCCCUUCGAGACACAUACAUUCGAAUUGUCUCAGAAGUGCUUGACAAGACCGCCGAGGAUGAGUUUAAUGAACUUAUUGACGAUAAGAGUAUCACAGCGCUUGGGAUUCUUCAAACAAUCGGAACCUUGAUAUUGACCUUGGAAACAUCCCCGGACAUCCUUCUGCUCUUAGAGACAAUUUUGGAGCCGGUCAUCAAAAUUACACUCGAGAACAAGCUUUACGAUCUCUAUAACGAGGUCUUUGAGAUAAUUGAUAGCUGCACGUUUUCUGCGAAGGCGAUAUCACCCACAAUGUGGAUGAUCUUCGGACUCAUCCAUUCUACUUUCAAAGACAAAGCGGAAUUCUAUGUAGAAGAGAUGCUCCCAGCCCUUGACAACUACGUUACCUACGGUGCUGAUGUCAUGAAACAAAACCCUGCAUAUCUCGAAGCUAUAUACGAUAUAAUUCAGACUAUCUUUGUUCAUGACAAGUUGGGGGCCAUGGAUAGAAUUUGCGGCUGCAAACUUGCGGAGGCCGUUUUGCUGAAUCUGCGAGGCCAUGCUGAUGUCUAUCUUAGCCGGCUAAUCGAACUACCGAUGCUCUGCCUAACAGCAGAAAACCAUGCAAAAGUUAAAGCCUACCGAGUCCAUCUCAUGGAGAUGGUCAUCAACUGUAUCUACUACAACCCCAGCCAAACACUUCAGUUCCUUGAACAACAUGGAUGGACAGCGAAAUUUUUCACAAUGUGGUUUUCGAACAUCGAUAACUUCAAUCGGGUACACGACAAGAAGCUGUCGAUAGUCGCAAUAGUAUCUUUGCUAGACCUGAGGCCUGAGCAGAUACCUGCGAGCAUUCAGCCGUACUGGAAUAGGCUGCUCCAGGGCUUGGUAAAACUCUUUCAUACGUUACCUGUUGCAAUGCAAGCCCGCGAAGAUGCGCAAAAGGAGGAUCUCUAUGAUGAAGGGUAUCCAUCUGAUAGUGACAAUGAAUGGGAGGGAGAGGGAAAUGAAGGUUGGGAAGAAAACGAAAAUGACGACAAAGAUGUUGCCGACGAAGAAGCACAAGCAUAUAUAGAAUUCUUAAAUCAAGAGGCCCAGAGGUUCAACCCCCAAUCAUACACUGCAGAAGAUGACGAGGGCGACUUAGAAGAAGAAUCGUUACUCGAGACUCCUCUAGAUAAUGUUGAACCGUACCAACUUUUUAGAGAUUCAUUCAUUAAUCUCAAAAAUACUCAACCACAGAUGUACGAUAACUUAAUAGGCUCACUUUCGGAUGAGGAGAAAAAUGUACUACAGGGUGUAGUAAAACAAGCAGAUGCUAAUCAGGCCGCUAUGGAGAAUAUAAACAAGACAGCUAUCUAA